AUGUCUCUAUCUUCUCGACUGGGGCGUCUGGCCGUGUGCCUGGCGCUUUUCGUAGUUCUCGUCCAUGCUCACAAGGCCGCCGAUAAAACCCUCCUGGACAGCGUGAGCCUCGAUGGUCUCGACGAGCAACUCCAGACCUGCCCCAUUGUCCAGGAGCUCAAUGCCGCCAAACACGCCAAACACUCCGCGGCCCCGUCCUCGCUCACCACGCGCCUCUUUGCCGUCCUCUUCCCCGGCUCCCCCGCCGUCAACGCCCUCCUCGCGACCCUGUACAUCUCCGGCCCGCCCAACUUCCUUCUCGCGCUCUGCCCGACCGACAUUGACCCCUCGUCCCUCUCCGUCAUGGUGGCCUUUGCCGUCGGCGGGCUCCUGGGCGACACCCUCUUCCACCUGCUCCCCGAGAUCUUCCUCGGCGAGGACGAGCCCGAGCGCAUCCGCCUGGUGCUCGUCGAGCCCAACCGCAACCUGCUCCUCGGCCUGGGCAUACUGGUCGGGUUCAUGGUCUUCGUCGCCAUGGACAAGGGGCUCCGGAUCGCGACCGGCGGCGCGGGGCAUGACCACUCGCACGGGCAUGAGCACACGCACGCGGAGAGCAAGAGCGAGGGGCACGCUACGGGAGCUGAUGCUUCGAACGGGGGCGCCGUGUCGAGGAAGAAGAAGGGCAAGGGCUCCAAGGAGGAGGACGCCGUUGUCGAGAAGAAGGAGGUUAACCCCAGCGUGAAGCUCGGCGGUUACUUGAAUCUGAUUCUAAGAUGGUGGCUAACAUGGGGUUUGUUGUUUAGUGCCGAUUUCACUCACAACAUCACCGACGGUUUGGCUAUGUCUGCUAGUUUCUAUGCCUCGCCUACUAUUGGCGCUACGACCACCGUUGCCGUCUUCUUCCACGAGAUCCCCCACGAGGUUGGCGACUUUGCCCUCCUUGUGCAGUCUGGCUUCUCGAAGCGGGCGGCCAUGGGAUCCCAGUUCAUCACUGCCAUCGGAGCUCUGCUGGGUACUCUAAUUGGCAUUGCCGUGCAGGAGUUUGGUGGCAACGGAGCGGCCGCGGGUGACGACCCCAUGGCCAGGACCGCUGGGCUCUGGGGCACUAGCUUGACUUGGGGAGACAUGCUUCUGCCAUUCACCGCAGGAACCUUCCUCUACGUCGGCACCGUGGCCGUGAUCCCUGAGCUGUUGGAGACGGGCAAGAACAAGGGCGAGGAGCUCAAGAAGACCCUCGUCCAGUUCACGGCUGUGGCCGUUGGGGCCGGUAUUAUGCUCUACAUCUCCUGGCAUGAAUAG